GCGCAUUAUAAACCGUGCCCUUCAAUCUCAACACAAACAGCAAAAUCAAAUUCAUAGUUCAUUAUACAGUUGGCACCUAGGCCAAACUUGUCACAUUGCAGCUCGCAACCCGAAACCAUCAUAAUGAAGCCGAGUAAAAACCAGUUAAGAAGAGCUAGAAAAAAGGCUUUGAAAUCCCAGGGCACAUUGUCAACCGGUAACCGCACUGACCAACAACAUGAAGAAGUUUCACCCCCUGCUCCGGCAACAAAUGGUAUUGAUAAGGGACACAUCGAUACGCUAGACCCAGAAGAUCCUCUCUGGCAAAUAUACAAGGACAUCGCUACUAAAUUCGAUGAUACUGAAGACAAUACUCCGGAAGCUGAACCUUCAAAACCGGAGGUGUAUUUCGAUGAUGAUGCCGACAUUCCGGAGGAGGAAGAGAAUAAAGUUCCCACCCUAUCCAAGCGAAAACGCAAAGAAUUGAACAAGCUCUCCGUCGCUGAGCUAAAAGCAAUGGUCAAGAAGCCUGAGUUAGUGGAGUGGACGGAUACCUCAGCCCCUGAUCCGCGGCUACUGGUUCAUAUAAAAGCGCACCGAAACGUUGUCCCAGUGCCGUCUCAUUGGUCUCUCAAACGUGAAUAUCUAUCAUCCAAAAGGGGGAUAGAGAAGGCACCAUUCUCGUUGCCAAAAUUCAUCCAGGAGACGGGAAUAGCCGAAAUGCGUGAUGCUGCACUAGAAAAGCAAGAACAAGCGACUCUCAAGCAGAAACAAAGGGAGAGGGUGCAGCCAAAAAUGGGGCGACUAGAUAUUGACUAUCAGAAGUUAUACGAAGCUUUUUUCCGCUUCCAAACCAAGCCAGAAUUGACUCGAUACGGUGAAGUUUACUAUGAAGGAAAGGAGUUUGAGACUAACCAGCGACAUCUGCGCCCCGGGGAGCUUAGUUCAGAGCUGAAGGAGGCUCUUAAUAUGCCGCCUGGUGCACCCCCACCUUGGUUGAUAAAUCAACAGCGAUAUGGGCCGCCCCCCUCUUACCCAGCUUUGAAGAUACCAGGCCUUAAUGCCCCCCCGCCGCCGGGUGCUAUGUGGGGUUAUCACCCCGGCGGCUAUGGAAAGCCGCCAGUGGACGAACAUAAUAGACCCCUUUAUGGAGGCGACAUUUUUGGUGUUUUGCAGCCUCAGCAAACCAUGCAGCAGGGCGAACCAGUUGAAAAAGAUCUCUGGGGAGAGUUACAGGAACCAGAAUUAUCCGAUGAGGAUAGCGAGGAUGAAGAAGAAGAGCUCGACGAAGAGGACGUAGACGCAGGACUGCAAACCCCCAGUGGAAUGGAAAGUCCAAGUGGGUUAGUGUCAGCAGUUCCGUCAGAGCUGGCUGGUGUUGAAAAUGUCUCCGGAGAGUUUGAUGUGCGAAAGCACUAUCAAGGAACGCAAACAGAGGAGUCUGCUGAUCGCCGGAGUGCUUAUCAUAUCAUCCCCGAAAGGCAAACGGAGGUACAAGGCUUUUUUGGCGGUGACAGGGCGUAUGAUUUGCGCCCGGCUACAGAUAGCUUACCUGUACUGGGAACCGAAGAUCAAACUCGAAAGCGCAAGAAACCCGGAGAUGUCGAUGUUUCUGUUAAUCCGGAUGAUAUGCAAAGUGAGGAUGGAAUCAGUAAGGACAAUCUGCAAAGGCUUUACGAAUCUCAGAGGCAGCAGGAGAGCAACCCCAAUUGGGAGUUCCAGGAAGAUCUCAGCGACAUGAUUGCCCACGAGAGUAGGAAAAGGCUCAAACAGGAGAAGCGAAACAAACACUAAGGUCAAUAGAAUUCCGUGUGGCCCACGGUUGCGGAACUGCUUGUGAGAUACCUUUAGGUACUUGUCUGCAAAAUCAUCAUAUGACUGUCUUACC